AUGCCUCAAAAUGAGUAUAUGGAGAGAUGGCGCAAGCUACAUGGUCGCCGCCUCGACCAUGAGGAGAGAACACGAAAGAAGGCAGCAAGAGAAGGGCACAAAGCGUCCGACGAUGCCCAGAAAUUGACUGGUCUACGAGCGAAAUUGUAUCAACAGAAGAGGCGCCAUGAGAAGAUACAGAUGAAGAAGCAGAUCAAGGCUCACGAAGAACGAAACGUGAAGUCCUCUGCUCCGAACGAACCUUCAAGCACACCCUUGCCUCAAUACUUGCUGGAUCGAUCGAACCCCACCAAUGCAAAGGCACUGUCGAGCGCCAUCAAGAAUAAGAGAGCUGAGAAGGCUGCUAAGUUCAGUGUGCCGUUACCCAAAGUCAGAGGUAUUGCGGAGGAGGAGAUGUUCAAGGUAGUGAAGACCGGUAAGAAGACCGCGAAGAAGAGCUGGAAGCGUAUGAUUACAAAGCCAACUUUCGUCGGUCCUGAUUUCACAAGAAGACCUGUCAAAUAUGAGCGCUUCAUUAGACCUAUGGGUUUACGUUACAAGAAGGCAAGCGUUACUCACACAGAGCUCGGUGUAACUGUGCAAUUACCUAUCAUCAGCGUCAAGAAGAACCCACAAAACCCAAUGUACACGCAAUUGGGUGUUCUCACCCGAGGAACUAUUAUUGAGGUCAAUGUAUCUGAUUUGGGUUUGGUCACAGCUGGAGGAAAGGUUGUUUGGGGUAGAUGGGCACAGAUUACCAACAAUCCCGAAAAUGAUGGAUGCGUUAAUGCUGUUCUUCUCGUUUAA